CAGCCGGCGCCAUUUUGAAAGUGGAGUCGCCUGCCGCUGCCGCCGCCGCCGUCGCUGUCGUAGCCUCCGCCGCUGCGGGAGAAGGAGCACGAACGGGGAAGCCCCAGAGUGAAACCCACCAUCCCGCUGGCUGGUUUGCCCGCCCCUCCUUCCUUCUCCCCCGGCCCCCGCCCCCUCCCCCCACAGGUGCCAUCCGCCGCCAUCCGCCCUCUCUACCCCCCCAUCCCCAGGUGAGGGGGGUGAGUUCAGGAAGCGGAGACCCGGAGCCACUCAGCAGGGUCACCAUUUGCUGUGCAACAUGGCAGCCUCCUUGGGUUUAUAGACAAAUAUAUUCUACACUGAGAAGGAAGACCGCUUCACAAGUUAAAAUACAAUGGAGGCAUGAGCUGGAGGAGGGAAUGAUAUUCAGUGGUGUUUUUCUCAGGUGAAAGGAGCAGUUGAUGAUGAUGUAGCAGAAGGAGGGUAUGGUUCCAUUCCAUUUUAUCCAAACAUGAUAUCAGAUUAUCCAGGAACAAGUUAUAAAGAAGGGAGACUGGUUCCAGAACACAUCUCUGGAAAUUACCCUAUGGACCCUGACUCUCAUGGCAACAUUACAAUCCUCUCAGGUACAGGAAGAAUGUCCUAUCAGUGCCAACUGGGAAAAGUGUGAAGAGGAAAUCACAGGAGUCUGUUGAAGGGAGAGGAAGAAAUGUUUGGGGCCUGCUUCCCGAGAGCAGCAGAUAUAAUUUCUACAGUAGAAUUUAAUCAUUCUGGAGAAUUACUAGCAACAGGAGAUAAAGGUGGUAGAGUUGUCAUCUUUCAACAGGAGCAGGAGAACAAAAUACAGUCUCAUAGCAGAGGAGAAUAUAAUGUUUACAGCACCUUCCAGAGCCAUGAACCAGAAUUUGACUACUUGAAAAGUUUAGAAAUAGAAGAAAAGAUCAACAAAAUUAGGUGGUUACCCCAGAAAAAUGCUGCUCAGUUUUUAUUGUCUACCAAUGAUAAAACAAUAAAAUUAUGGAAAAUCAGUGAAAGGGAUAAAAGACCAGAAGGCUAUAACUUGAAAGAGGAAGAUGGAAGGUAUAGAGAUCCUACUACAGUUACUACACUACGAGUGCCAGUCUUUAGACCUAUGGAUCUAAUGGUCGAGGCUAGUCCACGAAGAAUAUUUGCCAAUGCUCAUACAUACCACAUCAACUCAAUUUCUAUAAAUAGUGAUUAUGAAACUUAUUUAUCUGCUGAUGAUUUGCGGAUUAAUCUUUGGCAUCUGGAAAUUACAGACAGAAGUUUUAAUAUUGUGGAUAUCAAGCCUGCCAAUAUGGAAGAGCUCACAGAAGUGAUCACAGCAGCAGAAUUCCAUCCAAAUAGCUGUAACACAUUUGUGUACAGCAGCAGUAAAGGAACUAUUCGGUUAUGUGACAUGAGGGCAUCUGCCCUCUGUGAUAGGCAUUCUAAACUGUUUGAAGAACCUGAAGACCCCAGUAACAGGUCAUUUUUUUCUGAAAUCAUCUCUUCUAUUUCUGAUGUAAAAUUCAGCCAUAGUGGUCGCUAUAUGAUGACUAGAGACUAUUUGUCGGUCAAAAUUUGGGACUUAAAUAUGGAAAACAGGCCUGUGGAAACAUACCAGGUUCAUGAAUACCUCAGAAGUAAACUCUGUUCACUGUAUGAAAAUGACUGCAUAUUUGACAAAUUUGAAUGCUGUUGGAAUGGAUCUGACAGCGUUGUCAUGACUGGAUCUUACAAUAAUUUCUUCAGAAUGUUCGACAGGAACACAAAGCGAGAUAUAACUCUAGAAGCAUCACGAGAAAACAAUAAGCCUCGCACGGUUUUGAAGCCACGCAAAGUCUGUGCAAGCGGCAAGCGAAAGAAAGAUGAAAUAAGUGUUGACAGUCUAGACUUCAAUAAGAAAAUCCUUCAUACGGCCUGGCACCCCAAGGAAAAUAUCAUUGCUGUGGCGACUACAAACAAUCUGUAUAUAUUUCAAGACAAAGUGAAUUAGGGUUGGCAUUCCUAGCGGAAGAGCCCACUUCCUGCUUAGUUGAGAUAGUUGAAUCUAGCAUUCGUACCUAUAAAAGAGAGAAGUCCAUUGUGGCACCCCUUUCCAGUGUUUGACAGUGUGCCAUUCGACAACACAUUUUUAUAGCUACAUGGAGAAAACUCUGUGGGUUAUCAUUGUAGUGUUCUCCAUGCCUGCUAGCCAUUUAGGUAAGGGUAGGGCACUUUUAAUUUAAAUGACUUCUUGCACCAUCUUGCCUAAUGGACUAGAUUGGACUGUAUCAACAUUGAGUUACUCCACUUUUUAUGCCUUCCAUUGUGAUGACGUCAAACACAGUGAAAGCCUUCAGUCAUGCUAUGGGAUUUGUGUAUCCUCAUUACUGUAUCAUUUGUUGGGUACACCCCUUCUCCCUUUUUUAAAUUAAAUACAGCUCAUUCUUACUGUGGCUUGUAGCAUUCCUCCUCUCUGGCCUCCUGGACUCUCCCCCUUCAUCUCUCUUACCCUUGCUCCUUCCACCCAGUCUUGGUGGUGGUAUAUUAAGAAAGAAAGAACGAAAGCACACACAAAAUGAGUCAGUUUGGGGUCAGUGAUAAAGGGGGUAUAUGUUGCGAACAAAUGUUCUAAUAACAGUUGGCUGUAAUCACUCCUUGCCAUGUCUGGCACUGAAAAUAAGGAAAAAAAAAAAAAAACUACUACUGAAUAAAAGUGACAAAGAAUGGAGAAUCUGGUUUUCUUUUUCUUUUAAAUCUACCUCUUUAAGCCAGUAUUUUGUGUCAUACCCUUGGGCACAGUGAAAUGAAAUUGGGUUUCCAUUGUUUUAUUGGUAUUUUGUUAAUUAUUUGUAACAUUUUCUUCUACAUGGGGAAAGAAGAGGUGUUCUGUUUGAACAUGGUUUGAAUACGUAUUGGUAUUAAGGAUUUCGGUCUAUAAAUGCUACUAGUGUUUUUUUAUUGUAGUUAUGAGGGUAUUGGAUACAUUGUAUCUAUACUUAACCCAUUUUCUGUUAAUGAAAUUGUUGUAAAUGAGAACCAAAUCUGUAGAACUUCAUUUUUAAAGACU